UGUAACGCGUAAUGUGCUUAGUUUAGUUGGUGGCAGUCAUCAUUCGCUCUUUUGUAAUUCACUGGAGUCGAUGAAAUUAUUGAAUCUCCACAUUUUUGCACUUAAUAAAUAAUUCCUCACUGGUUUAACACUUGUCAGUCCAAAUCCAGCCAGACUUUGUUGAAUAAUACUAACAAAAGCUAAAUACAUAAGUGUUAAGCUGCAAAUCAGUCAAGCGAAUGAAUGAAUGAUAUCUUUGCAAAUAUCGAUAGAAAAAUUAAGCUGAAUUUAUGUAACUGCGCGAUAAAAAAGAAGCAAGUGCAUCUACUAAAAUAGUUUCAAGUGCAGUUAUCCCAUCCCGAUUUUGCACCACCAAGUACCAAACUAAAACUAAUCGUCAGUUGGAGUGAGUGAGACGACGGGGGAAUAAAGUGCUAAAUGGUCAAGUUGAGACUUUUGACUCUUUUGAGAGCUUCUUAAUAGCAAAAAAACGCUGUGGGGAAGUUUACACGAGUAAUUUACACGCCGCAAAUAAACAUAUGUGACUUGGAUAACGAGGAAGAUUAAUUUAAUUACUAAAGACACGUGACAUCAUGUCUGACGACGAGUACUUAAGUGACGACGAGAACAGGGUGCCGAUCGUGCCGGGUGGGAAAACAGUAUUAAAGUGUCCGAUCUGCAAAAAGAUUCUUCCUCCGAAUAACAAUCACACGGGUGCUUUCAAGGAUCCACUUCCAUGUUCAGACUGCUUCACGAGAUUCAAACGCCGUCGCUCAUCGCAGCCAAGACUGAGAAGAAACUCGGAUUUAGGAACCAUUUCAGAAAAUUCCGCACAAGACAGUAAAUUCGAAGAUCUCGAUGUUUCAAGAAGCAUAAGUUGCACCUACUGUCCAAAGCCGGUUAUCCUUCCAACCUCCAACUUCAUCAAUCAUCUCAAAACGCGGCAUGCCGCCUUCGGGUUUGAAAAUGACCAGAUUUUUUACGAGUUUAAAAAUGGAUGUGACAAGGAACAUUUUGGACAGAAUGGGACAUAUCUUCCUGACUACAUAUGUCAAGGUGGACGCUACUUCUUUUCGCAAGGAUGCAAUGAAAAUGGAGUAUUCCACGGCUGGAUUUCAUUCCUCGGGUCGAAGGAGGAAGCGAAACGUUACUUAACCACGAUAACAAUUUACUCGCAGGAAUCUAAGGGAUUCUUUAAUAAAUUCAAGAAAACGCCAGACCUCCAAUGGACCAUUCCUGUGCAGCCUUAUCGCGACGAGCAACCCUCCGCAAAUGUGUGCUAUACGAUCCGAUGGAGCCAGUUGAAACCGUACUUUCAGAAAAAUUGCAACUUGAAAAACGGGUCGAAGGUGAAAUACACUUGGUCGACGAGAAUUUCAAUUUUCCGAGCUGACUAAUAUUUACAUACAUAAUUUUUUGACAAUUAAUUACAUUUAGAUUAUGUAAAUAAUAAGUAUUCAAUCCAAUUAAUUAUGUAAUUAGAGUUAGUUACAGUACACAUUUUUUAGCAGUGCUAUUCUACAGAGUAUGUAAUAAGUGAAAAUGAUCUGGAUUGAAGGAAAUGAUCAAGAAUGCAAUCGUAUUAUUAUGUUUUAAACUAUUAAUUAUUACAGAAUGCAAUAUAUUAAGUAACGUCGUAGGACUUGCUCUUUUUGUGUGUGAAGAGUUACGCAUUUAAAUAUUUUAAAAGAUGAAUUAAUUAAUUGAGUAGUAUAUCCGUAUUUUAAAAUAGAUUACAUUGUUUAUUUAGUUCGUUCCCUAACUCGAAAAUGUUUUAAAAUAAAUAAAUAAAAGUGGUUUAGGUAUAAAUGAUA